AUGAAAUUUUCAUUUUUGAAACAUAAUUUAGCCGAAUUAAUUGGUAAAGCAGAAUAAUUAGAUUCACCUAGCUCUAUCAUUAAGAAAUUUGGUCCAUUUCUUAUGACUAGUUUAUUUAAUCAAAAACUUUAAGAGAGUCAAGAAGUAAUUAAUUAUAUGGAGAAAAAUAUUGAUAAAAGUAUAUUCAUUCGAAACAUUACACAUGAUCCUAAUGCUAAAAAUUGGAGAACUAAUUAUAGAAAAUCAAUUGAAAGUUUAGCAUGUUCAAUCAUAGUUGAUAAUCAAAAUAUCAUAGAUAAACAUUUUACAUCUACAUUAAAAGAAGAAUAAAUUACUUUAGCAGAAGCAUUACCAUUAGUGUAUACAUUGGUUAUUCAGAAAAUAAAAAAGUGGAAUAUAACAAAUGAAUAAGAAGUUUUAUAAAGAUUAAACUAUUUACUCACUAAUUAAAAAUAGGAAUAAUAAAAAAUGAAUAUAAACAUACUAUAUCAAAAACAUUUCUUAUCUGAUCUAGGAUUAUAUUACCCAGAAUUGCUUGCAUAUUCAUAAGGUAAGAUCUUUUGUACAGAAUUACCAUUGGAUUACUUUAUUGGAGAUAUGAAAGUAGAAUACAAAGAUUUCUUUAUAGAAAAUAAUAAUUUAAUUGAUUUAAAAAUAGGAGAUUCAGUAUAUGUAUUCAUGUACCCAGAUGAAUUCGAUAAUUAAACAAUCAAAGCAUUUUUGUUAAAAUAUGUUAGAAUUAAGAGAUUGCAAGAAUUCUAUUCUAAUAUACAUGUUGUAUGGUGUCAUAAAGGAAUGAAAAAACAAGAGUUAUUUGAUGCAAUUAGUAUCUGAGA